UCCAACAAAUUUGCAUAAUACAACGAAGUACCUUAUGUUAAUCAUUUUUCACGAACAAUUUCGCGAAAGGUUUAAUUAACGUCUGUUAAAUUUCAUCUUUUUACGUCGGAGUGUUCGAUUCUUUUUUAAACUUACGACGGAAAAAGGAGAGAGAGCGAAAGAGAGAGAGAAAUAAAAAAAAAUUAAUUAACAGAAUAAUUCUCUCUCGAGUUCUAAACGAAAUAGAUGGAAAUAAGAAAUUGCGAAAAGAAAAUUGCGAUUGGUCUUAAGCCGAAAGGAAUAGGAAAAGAAUGGAGGAGGAGGAGGAGGAGGAGGAGGAAGAGGAGAUAAUGUUGAUAUCUUUGGAGAUGAAAGGACGCGUUUCGUUGGUAUCGCCAAGAGACCUUCUAUCCCAGAAAGUGCCUUCUGCCACGGACACGGAGGGUUCGAAGUUGGGUGAGGGUAAGAAGCAUACAAGGGGGGAAUGCCAAGAAGAGCCGGGAGCAAUCGAGUCAGUUCGCGUAGGGACUCGAAGCCGCGCGCCCGCAUUUUCUUUCUCACUCUGUCUGUAUCUCUCUAUUUCUCUCUCUCUCUCUCUCCUUUUCUUUUUUUCUCUCUCUUUCUCUCUCCUCUCUCUCUCUCUCUCUCUGCCUGUCUCUCUCAUAUACACAAGCAGACGCACGCAUAUCCUCUCCUUGAGUCAUCCUUCCUCAAUUUUUAUUUUGGUUUUGGUUUUAUUUUUUCUUUCUUUUUUGUUUUUUUGUUUUUUUGCUUUUUUUUGUUUUCUUUUUUUUUCUUUUCCUUUUAUUUUCAUCGUUCCCUUCAUACACGUACAUAAGUAAGUAAAAUUUCAUUCUCACGAGAGAUUUCGAAAUUGACGCAAGCCUAUCCACCGAUGAGAUUGACAAUUUUUAAGGAUAAGAAGAAAUCGUGCAAUGAUGUCGUACGAUUGCCCCCAUCCGGUUUCAAGGACUUAUCGAUACAAAAAGAUAACGAAACCGCUCUUAGAACGAAAGAGACGAGCACGUAUCAAUCGAUGUCUCGACGAAUUGAAGGAUCUCAUGGUGGACGCAUUCGAAACGGAAGGUGAAAAUAUUAGUAAAUUAGAAAAGGCGGACAUUCUCGAAUUGACGGUACGUCAUUUGCAAAGAUUACAAGCUUCUCGUUCCGCCGGUUUGUCUGGUUUCUCAACUACGACAAUAUCAACAAUACCAAUACCACCGACGACAGCAACAUCGACGACAAUAAAGAUGACGACGAUGGUUAAUGACGAAGCUGUCGCUGAAAGUCGAUGGCAAUCGGGCUUUGGACAUUGCGCCACCGAAGCGUGUAGAUUCUUGGCGACACUUCCUGGCAAAGCGGCGGAGAAUUUGGCCAGGCAUCUGGCUAUUGGUCUUCAAAAUAAUUCCAAGAUUAAUUCAUUGAAUAUCAAUCCUAAUACCUCGACGACGCUGAUCGAUCUGGAUCCUGGCACUUUGAUCGAUCCUUGUUUGAUCAAUCAAAUUCCUUCAACGGACACUAAUAACAUAAUUGUACCGAAUGUCGCAAUAUCUGCUAACAAAAUGAGUCCUCGUGUAGAUGUGAAAAAAGGAACAUUUGAAAAUACGUCAACGGUAAUAGAAACAAUGACGGGAUCAUCAGAAAAUCUUGUAAGAUUUAACGACGACGAUCGAACAAAAUUGACAUUUGACAUUAAAGAAAUUCGACGAAAUUCUAUGGCCAAACAUAAAAUUACGAAUCAUCAAAGAAUUAACGCGGAGGACGAUGAGGUAAUCGAUGUCGAACGUAUAGACGAUGGUGAUCCUAUGUGGAGACCAUGGUAGCGAGAAAUUCUUUUAAUUUCAAUCCUAUUAUACAGUGUGUGUGUGUGUGUGUGUGUGUGUGUGUGUGAUAGAGAGAGAGAGAGAGAGAGAGAGAGAAAACAACGAAAAACACGAUCUUUUUUAUAUUUCCAAGUUAAACCUAUUAACAGCUGAUCGAGACAUUAAAGAAGAAUUAUUUUUUUGCGAGAUAAGAUUAUUCAGAGUAUCUUCGUUGAUUUAUAUAAUAUUAUUUAUCUACGGUUAAAGAAUCGAAUUAGUUAUGUUAUUUGUAAACAAAAAAUCAUUCGAUAUAAAAUAGAUUUAUAUAAAUAGGAUUAUAGUAUAUUGCACAU